AUGACCACCGAAACCUUCAUCGCUGCCUUAAAACGAUUCGUAGCUAGAAGAGAACUCUGCCGCAAUAUUUACUCCGACAACGGAACGAAUUUCGUCGGUGCGGACAAUGAGUUAUCGAAAUUCCACCAGAUACUUAACGCCGACGAAGGGGUACAACGAUGGCUUAUCGACAAACAAAUAUCGUGGCACUUCAUCCCAGCCCUCUCACCGAACUUCGGAGGGCUAUGGGAAGCCGCGGUUCGGUCUUUCAAACACCACAUAAAACGCGUGGUUAGAGAAGAACUCUUUACGUUCGAAGAGUUCAAUACCUUGGUUGUCGAAAUCGAAGGAAUCCUAAAUUCACGUCCGCUAACUCCACUUUCCGCCGACCCUACCGAUCCUUCCGCAUUGACUCCAGCCCACCUGUUAAUUGGUAAUUCUUUGACGAGCCUACCUGAGGCCGAUUUCAGCAAUACACCUGUCAACCGGCUGUCGAAGUGGCAACAUAUCCAGAAGGUAAAACGCGACUUCUGGAACAGGUGGUACAAAGAGUACCUGAACCAGCUCAACGUACGACAAAAGUGGGUCAAGGGAUCCCACGAUCUACGAGAGGGAUCCUUGGUGGUCUUGAAGGACGACCACCUACCUCCGCUCCAGUGGCACCUCGGCCGAAUCGAAAGGAUGCACACUGGGCCAGACGGGGUAACACGAGCGGUGACAGUGCGGACCAGCCACGGCAGCUACAGGCGCAGCGUCAAGCAGCUGGCCCAGCUUCCAGUAACGGACGACAUCGAAACUGCUCAAAACGUUGAGCAGUCGCCUAGCGGUCGUAAUCCGCAAUCACCGCAUCCCGCACCGUUGUAG